UCAGAUGUUUUCGUGUAGUCUUACUGUCAAUAGAGAAACCCAUUUUUAUACACGACUUUUGUAGUUUGUAAACCGGAAUUUUGUUAAUUGUGGAAAAUAAGAAGUGAAAUUUUUUUUUCUGAGGUUCGUGUUAUAAGUCGGCUGGGAUUGUUUGUGUUAUAGGCCACACACUUUUCAAUAGUGAAAUUGUGCUUGCGUAUAUUUCAGAUUUUUUCCGUGUUCACUCAAACCCCGUGGACGGGUCUGGAACGCGGCCGCCGUUCUUCUUGUUGUUAAAUGGUUGUUCGGCGAACCGUGUACGAACUCCAGGACUGUCAUUGGCUCGUGAACGACUCCAGCCCAGGGCGCGCCUCCCCCUCGCUCCAGUCGAAACCAGUCCAGUUCCAGGUGUACUCGACUCCACGGCCUCCUCUCAGCCCUUGAUCCGACCCUGGUACCGCGCCUUCCAGCGAUGUCAGAAGACAUUCUAGAUAUACCAGAUACGGGUGCGAUUUUCACUUUCGGAAGAAGCCGAUUCGCCGACAACACCCCGAGCCAUUUCUUCGUGAGGAAAGACCCAAUAAUUGACCUAUCUUGUGGCGACGAGCAUACAGUCGUCGUCUGCAAGAAAGGAAGAGUAUUUUCUUUUGGAAGGAAUGCAUUUGGUGAAUUGGGUUUAGGAAGUCGGACGGCAGUUGCACGGCCAAAUUGCAUCAAAACAUUAAAACCGUUGAAAAUUGUCCACGUUGCCAGCGGAAGAGGACACACCCUUUUUCUAACAGAUGGUGGCCAGGUAUAUUCUUGUGGGAACAACGAUGAAGGACAGCUCGGCCAUGGUGACAACAUGGACCUCGACCUGCCCGAAAAGAUCAAACUCGACCAAAAUGUCAAACAACUGUCUGCCGGUUUUAAACAUUCAGCAGCUCUUACAGGUGAAGGAAAAGUUUACGUCUGGGGUGACAACAGAGAAGGCCAGCUAGGACUAGGAGAAGACAUUCCCAAUGUUAAUAUACCGACACUUCUCAAUAUAGAUUUCACCGUUGUACAAAUUUCUUGCGGAUAUUAUCAUACAUUACUAUUAUCAGAUGAAGGAAAAGUGUAUGCAUUUGGCGAAGGAGAGUACGGCAAACUUGGAUUUGGUGAUGACAACAAUUGUCAUUAUCCGAAAUGCAUUGAGAUUAAUUCAGUGGCAAGCUUUAUUUCGGCCGGUGGAAACCACUCGUCCCUUCUAACAAGAGAUGGUAAACUUUAUUUAUGGGGGAACAAUGACCAUGGACAACUUGGAUUGAAGGAAGUCUCAAAUAGUUCAGUUCCAACUGCGCUACAAUUUGACCAGAUCAUUAUUUUUGUCUCACUCGGGGAAAACCAUUCAGCUAUUAUAACAGAAAAUGGAGAACUGUAUACUUUUGGUGACAACAGACAUGGAAAGUUGGCUAUCGAAAAAUCAGACGACCCGAUACAGAUGACACACGAACCAUUAAAAGUUCAAAAGUUUAAAACUUUUAUUGUCACAAAGGUUAGUUGUGGUGGAUGCCAUACCAUGGUCUUGGCUUUACCAAAAAUGUCCAAUUUCAAGUCUGGAUCAACAGAAAGGUGUAAAAAUUGGGAGAUAUAUGAUGUGUCUUCUUCUACAACUUCUUCGAGUAAAACGACACUACCUCCACUACAUAAGCUCAGCCGUACUGCAUCGUCUUCAUCGCCUGUCCUCACCCCUCCUUCACCUUCUUUGCACAACACCGUCAUCCAUAAAGACGGCAAAGAACAAUCCACUCCGUCUACACUUUCAUUAACCGACAAUUUUCCCUGUGCCUAUCAAUACUCUGAUGAAAUCAGUGAAAAAGAGGCCAACAGGGAGCAGAAUGGAAACUAUUUUGAAACUGAGCCCGAAACACCCAUCCGCAUGAGGUCGGUCUCGUGUCAAAACAUUCCAGUCAAAGAUGUAAGUGUCCCAGUUCCACAAAGAAGCAAAAGUUCUGAAUCUCUUAAGAAACAUACUAAUAAACCAGUUUUUCAGAAGAAAAGCCUCACUUUCAAUGAUAUAACUUUGCAAAGAAGCUUAAAAUGUAGCCCCCCUAAGUCUGACAAUUUUAAAUCCAAACAUUUUUCCAACAGUGGAACUUGCGAAUCAUCAGAUUCUUUUGAAAUUUGGUUUAAAAAGCAUAAAGAAGAAAUGAAUUUUUUAGCAGGGCAAAUAUGUAGUGCCAGUCAUAACCUUAAACAAGUUAUGAAAAAGUUCGAAGGGUACUUUAAUCAACCGAAUCAUAGUGAUAAAAAAAUAACAAAUUCAAAAUGUAAAUGCGUCCACUCAAAAGAGUUUUGUGCAAAUUGCAAUUGGGACGAACUAAGCACAGCGACGCUAAGCACUCCUGAAAGCGUAACACACCAAGCACCCGAAAUUCAGGGAUCAUACAGUUCUUUUAUCAAAGAUAAAAGUGGCAAUUAUUUUUCACUCGAAGAAAGCAAUAAAUUAUUCUGGCUAAGAAAUUCAGAAAUGAUGGACCUCAUGGCAAAUAAUGAACUACUAAAUUACAAAGGUGGCGCAGGCGAUGGCCCAGAAGUCAAUUUAGUUUCAAACAAUUUGCAACAAAUGAAGACAGUAGAAGCCUAUGGGAGUGAUCUUGGAGAAAUUGUUGAAGAAGGGGCAGGAGAAGGUAUUCACUGCGGCAAUCACAGUCCUGAAGGUAUUGUUCAAGGAAAGAAGGAUGAAUCAAAUAUGAAACUGAAGAAAAAAGAAUCAUCAACCUAUUCAAUUUCAGAACGAAAAACUUCUAAGCUUUUUGCAAAGUUGAAAAAAAGCCAGUCGCAACAAAUGUCUUCGUUUCUCGCUAAUAAUUUUAGCCACCAGGUUCAUGUAAAUGGCCAGCAUAACAAGAAAUCAAAAAUGUGUGUAAUACUUUAACAAGAAAAGGGAAACAUGAAAAUAUGGAAACAAGAUAAUGGAAAACAUUAGUGUACAAAAAAUUAGUUAAGGAACUAAAAUAAUAUCACUGUCCCUAUAUGAAAGUGGAGAAAGGCACUUAGAAGACUGUAUAUUUGUAAAUAAAUAUAAAAAUAUACUACAUAUUGUGUAAAAUA